UCAAAAAAGAAUUUUUCGGAAAACGAUAUAUCGAUAGUGAUGAUAUUCGAUUGUAUCGAUUUCAGACAGACGAACAAUCGAUUUUCGAUUUGGCUGCCUCACACAAUAUUUACAUUAUUUUUUUCAAUUUGUCAAAUUUUUUUGAAGUGAAAAAACAUUAAAUAAAUAAAUAUGAAUCGUCAAAUACGAAGAAGAUAAUCAUGGAAAAUAUUCAGCAUCAACAAGAUGAUGAAUCGAAUCAACAUUUGGAAAAUCAUAACAAUACGAUUCGAAUACCAUAUGGUUGGAAACGAAAAUUAUUAUCAUCAUCACGAUAUGAUAAAAUUUAUUACAUAACACCAAGUGGUCAUGUAUUAUUAUCAAAUUCAGAUGUUUAUGGUUAUUUGGCCGAUCCAAAUACAUGUAAAUGUUCAUUAAAUCCAUCAUUAACAUUUGAUGAAGUAUUUAAUUUUGAUUCGAAAAUAAAAUUAAACAUUCGAAUUGAUGAUUAUAAAACAUUAUCACCAUGUGAACAAUGGUUUCAAUCAUUCGAUGAUAUCAAUGAAUUUCGUUCCCUGUUACUUGAUGUUAAUAAUUCCGGUAUCAUAACUGGUGAUGGUCAACAUUGGUCGAAAAAUGAUAAUAAUAAUGAUGAUGACAACGAUUCAGAUCGAAUAUCAAUUCCAAUUGAUAUUGUUGAAGCUUCCACACAAAUUUCACAAGAAAUUGAACGAUUAGAAUCGGAAAUUAUCAAUGAAGAUCUCAAUUAUUUUCGUGAUAUUAAUAUUGGACAUCUACCAACAACAACAAAUCAAAUGUCGAAGAUUGUUGAUAAUCAUAUUGUAAAAUAUUUAAACAAUAUCAUUCAAUCAGCUCAAUCAUUUCGAAUUGUUGAAAAUUUUCAUUCUAUAAUAUUUGAAUAUGGUGAUCCAAUAAUCAAAAUGAUUAUACCGAUAGCAAUGUUAAAUUUAGCUAUGAAUAAAUCAUCAUUGGAUUGGCAGGUUAUAACAUUGGAUUGGUUGAAGGAAAAUUUUCCCUUAUGUUUAACCGAUGAUAAUCGACAGAAUAUUGUUGAUAAUGAUAAUUAUAUUGGUCCAUUUGAUCAUAUCGAUCCAUUUACAAUGCUCAAUCGAAUCAAUGAUGAUGAUGAUCAAUCGAUAGAGAAUGAAGAAUCUUUAAGAAAUGAUUUACAAAAAUCUGAAUCUUGCGUUGAUAAUUUUGAUAAUGAAAUAUGUUAUUCAUUAAUAUCGUCGACAGCAAAACCAUCACCAUCAUCAUCAUCAUCGAUAACAAAAUUAUCAACAAUCGAUAUUGAUAGUAGUUGUUCAAGUAUACCGAUUGAAGUUAUCGAAGAUUUAGAUGAUAAUUUAGGACAUCAUGGACANAAUGAAGAAAUAAAUUUUGAAAUUCGUUUAGAAAAUUUAGAUGAUAAUGCUUGUUAUCAAAUGACAAUGAAUAUUCCAAAAAAUCUAUUGGAAAUUGAUGAUGGUGAUGGUGAUCAAAAUGAAAUUGAUUGGAGCAAUGAUGAACAACAACAGGCAGAAGAAAUCGGAUUGGAUCCAGUUGGGCAAGUAGAAUUAAUUUCCAAUAUUAUGAUUGAAAAGAAUGAUUUCCACUUGAAUGAACCAGUACCAAUACCAGAAGAACCAAAACAACAACAAGAAAUAAUUUUUAAUCCUAAUGAACAGUCAGACGAAAACCAAUACAACAACAACAACAUUGAAGAAGAACAAAUCAUCGACGAUGAUGAUUCUUUAAUCAUAAAAGAAAUUAUUGAAAAUUCAAUCAAACAAAGUUCAGAAGUUAUUGAUGAGUUAAUCGAUGAUGAUGACGAUGAUGAUUAUGAUGAUUAUGAUGAUGAUGAAAGUUUAAAAUUGAUAAAUGAUGCUAAUGAAAUUUUUAAAAUGUUACCAUCAUCAUCGUCGUCGUCGUUGAAUGAGAUAAAAUCAAAAGAAAAAUAUUAUCAACGUUUACAACGAUUAAAAAGACAAUUAGAAAUUCAAGGUAUGCCCGGUAUGUCAUUAUCAUUGGAUGAAAAAGUUCGUCUUUCACCACCAUUACCACCACAAGAACGUAUAUUUAAUAUUGGUGAUCUAGUUUGGGGUCCAUUUGGUGAUGUACGUUUUUGGCCAGGUAAAUUAAUGUCAUCAAAUGCU